AUGAAUGUAUGUUUAACAAAAUUUUUAACUCAUUUCUUAUCUUCUUAGCUCACAGAAUCAAACCUUAACUCAGAAUAAGUAGAGAAGGAGGGUUUAUAUCACAUAAAAAUAGAUAUUUUCUCUAGAAGGGCUUUUUGCAGUUAGAUGAGAGUCCCCUUUUAAAGCAAAAACUUAAAUAGAAUUGCUGAUUGA